UUCCGAAAAGUUUAGUAUAGACUGGGGAACUUAUAUGUCAUCGAGAAACGAUGUUGUAUAUGUUCGCCUAGAUGUAAGAGGCGCAAAGGGUCAAAGUAAAAAAUCCCUUUACCGUCAUUUGGGAGGAGUUGAAGUUUUAGAUCAAAUAUCUGUCUUAAGGUAUUUGCUUGAUACCAUUGGCUUUCUAGACGAAACUAGAGUUGGUAUAUGGGGUCGGGGCUAUGGUGGCUAUGUAGCCUCUAUGGUACUCGGUACUCAACAGGAUGUGUUUAAAUGUGGCAUUGCUAUAUCCCCAAUAGCAGAUUGGCUCUACUACAAUUCAGCCUUUACUGAGCGUGUAUUAGGUCUGCCUUCAGACAAUUAUAAAGGAUAUGUUGAGGCAGAUGCUACCCAGCGUGCUAGUCUUAUUAAAUCCAAUUCCUUUUUUUUGAUUCAUGGUUUAGCAGAUUCCUCUGCCCCGUUUGUACAUGGAGUUAAACUAGCUAAAUCGUUAACAAAUGCAAAUAUUCUUUAUCGUUAUCAAACUUAUGCAGAUGAAGGUCACGACUUAGAUGGUGUUUUAGAACAUGUAUAUUCGUCAAUGGAACAAUUUUUUUCAGAGUGUUUAAGCUUGGAUCCAGACGAUACAAAACCUGACAUCGGUCAAAAUAUUGUUCCAGCCGAGUAA